AAUACAGAAAUCUCCAAUUACAUAACUGAUUUCUUUCAAAAUCUGGACAAGGAUGAAAGUAAAUUGCCUUUCAUGAUAAAUAUGAAGAAGGCAUUUUUAUCUUUUAAACCUAGCAAUAAUUUACAAGUACAAAAUCCAUUACAACCAAAUGGUCUGGCAGUUUCACCUUUCCAGCCAAACAAUACUUUACACACAGUACAGAAUUCAUGCCAAGGAUCGAAUAGUCUUCUGGGAGAGAUGUUUCCAGACAUCCCUCAAUCUACCAUUGACAUGAUGUUGGAUGCUUCUGGAAGUGUGGAAAAUGUUGUUGAGCAGCUUGUUGAUGUCCCAUCAUCAAACAUGCAGGGUAUGUUGACUGCUAAUAAUUCAGCUUCACAGGCUGAAUUAUGUGCUCAGUCAACACCUGCAUGUUCGACCAUGCAACAUCAACAAGCUGCUGUCUCAUGCAAUGAGGAUGUCACCCGCCUGAAUGUUCUCUUUCCUAAUAGAGUGGGUGACAUCCCAAAUAUUUAUGGGGCACUUAAUUAUGAUUUCAAAGCCACCAUUGAUUUCCUUUUGCCUGAUUCAAACAAUACUAAUGUUAUUUCUUUUUCUAACAACACUGUACCAGAUAUUCAAGGCCCUUCAAACUCUUGCUCUUUAAAUCUUAGUCAGCCGCUCAUGCAAAGAGGGUCAUCCGUUUCCACUGCUGAUGCCCCUGGGAGACGGCCCCAGAGGUGUGAGUACUGUGGAAACGAAUGGCCUUCUUUGAAUGGCAACAACUACUGCUCUUAUUGUGGAAUGCACAAGAAACGUUUUAGGUAUUGGAGUGGACUAGUUGAACCAGAAACUUAUAAGGGAUUGAAACGUAUAGCGCCCAUACAUUUCUUUACUACCAAGCGUCAGAAUAUUCAGAGCUCAUUAAACAUUUGAAAACGAACCGUAUGACCAUAAUUGGAUGGCCAUUGGAUAAGAGAUUUAAGGCCCAUUUAAUUGGUUGUCUAGGGUUAAUUUUAAUUGUUCCAAAUAAAUUUGCAUAUUCCAAUGGAUGGUACAGCUCUACAUGUUUCA